UCCGAAAUUUUAGUAUAAAGCAAAAGUGAUUUUUAUUCCAAAUCCUAAACGUUCUUCACCUCUCUCAGAUUCUUUCUCCUUAAUCUUCUGCAAAAUUUUAUAUACACCAUUACACGCAUAUAGAAUAAUAGAAGUAAGGGGGAGCGAAAAUUGAAUUCGUAGCAAUGCAGACAAGAACCAUAGAAGUUCUGCGCGUAUCAGAUCUAGCAAGUGAGAGGGAAAUCCACGAGUUUUUCUCUUUUUCUGGUGAAAUUGAAAACCUUGAGAUCCACAGAGAGCCUGGGCAGUCAAAGACUGCAUUUGUGACUUUUAAAGAUCCAAAGGCCCUCGAAAUUGCUCUGUUGUUGUCGGGAGCAACUAUUGUGGACCAGAUUGUUACUAUAGUACCUGCAGAAAAGUACGUACCACAACCUGUGGAUCAGGAAGUAAGGGUUGUUGACAAUGCCUCGAGCAUGUCUCAGGAAAAUAAUUCUCCAGUACCUGAGGGCAAAAUGAGUCCAACUAAUGGUAGCGUAUAUGUUAGUAAAGCUCAAGAUGUUGUCUCGAAUAUGAUUGCAAAAGGUCUAGCUAUCAGACAAGAUGCCAUGAAUAAGGCCAAAGCAUUUGAUGAGAAGCAUCAGCUGACAGCCAAUGCAUCUGCCCGAGUGAAUUCAUUUGACCGUAGAGUUGGGCUGACAGAAAAACUCACUGUUGGAAUUACAGUGGUAAAUGAGAAAGUUAAAUCUGUGGAUCAAAGAUUUCAAGUGUCUGAUAAAACUGUAGCAGCUCUAAUGGCAGCGGAGAGGAAAUUAAAUGACACUGGAUCAGCUGUCAAAUCGAGCAGGUAUGUGACUUCUGGGGCAGCCUGGCUGAAUGGUGCUUUUAGUAAAGUAGCAAAGGCUGGACAAGUAGCUGGUACGAAAACUAAAGAGAAGUGGAAUUUGGCAUUAGCUAAUUUGACUACAAAGGAUCGUCCUAUAGCUGCAUAAAACAGACGCUUGAAGCCACAUAGGAAUGCUUGCUCUUAGUCCAACGGUCUGUUUGAGAAUGAUGUAUCAUCGAUUGGACAACUUAGUAACGGUUCCAUCAAUAUACCUGCUAAAUUGAUUGUAUUCUAUCUACGAUUCAUUUUAUUAUUUUUACUUGUUUGAUUUUGCUUUCCAAGAACAGUCUUGUGUGUCUUGCUUCUCUGUAACUUGUCAGGGUGUGCGAUGCUUUGUAAUAGAGGAAAAUGAAUUUUUAUUGGCAUUGCAUUAAUCUUGCUGCAGUCCAACACUCAAAAUUGUGUAGUUAUGGGGAAAUUAUUGGUCCAAAAACAUUAUAUUCCUUUGUUUCCGUCAA